AUGGUGCUGUCUCCCGCCGACAAGACCAACGUCAAGGGCACGUGGGCUAAGGUUGGCAACCACGGUGCAGAAUUUGGCGCAGAGGCCCUGGAGAGGAUGUUCACAAGCUUCCCCAGCACCAAGACCUACUUCUCCCACUUCGACCUGGGACACGGCUCCGCCCAGAUCAAGGGGCACGGCAAGAAGGUGGCCGACGCGCUGACCAAAGCCGUGGGCCACAUAGACAACCUGCCCGAUGCCUUGUCUGAGCUGAGUGACCUGCACGCCCACGAGCUGCGUGUGGACCCGGUCAACUUCAAGCUCCUGAGCCACUGCCUGCUGGUGACCCUGGCUCUCCACCUCCCCGCCGAUUUCACGCCCUCGGUCCAUGCCUCCCUGGACAAGUUCUUGGCCAGUGUGAGCACCGUGCUGACCUCCAAAUACCGUUAA